ACUAGCUCCAUCACCCACCCAAGCCCACAUUCCAUGCAGGCUUAGCUUGCCUGCCUGCCCUACCAUGCUACUACCUCUAAUGGGGGAUUUCCAUCCGUCCCUGCGGCGCAGCGGCACCGGAUCAUUCCUCCUCCCGCUCCUCCUCCUCGGAUCCUUCUUGUUCCUCGGUGUUUGCUACGGCGAUGAUAAGACGACCGCCCAUGUUGUUGGGUUCGGAGAAUGUUCUGACUGCAAGGACUAUAACAUUCAGACCAGUCAUGCUUUUUCAGGGCUUCGCGUGACAGUUGAUUGCAAGGUGGGAAAUGGAGAGAUGAAAACAAGAGGAGUUGGAGAGAUGGAUAAAGACGGAAAGUUCCAUGUCUCAUUGCCCAAAGAGAUGGUGAUGAAGGAUAAUGGGGAACUAAAGGAAGAAUGCUAUGCUCAACUUCAUAGUGCAUCUUCUACCCCAUGCCCUGCCCACAAUGGCAUUGAGGCCUCUAAGAUUGUUGCUGCUAAAUCAUCUGCCACCGCGGUGUUUCAACCCGCGGGCAAUCUUAAGUUCUCGACCGCGCUUUGCACGUCGGCUUUCUUGUGGCCAUACUUCAAGUUCCCACCUAUGCCCGACCUCCCACCGUUCCCAAAAAUCGAUCCGUGGAAGAAGCACUUGCCCCCAUUGCCCCCAUUGCCCAACCUCCCGCCCUUCCCUAACAUUGAUCCAUGGAAGAAGCACUUUGGCCACCCCUUCCCUUUCCCACACCAACCUCCUGUUGAUACUCCACCAGAGGAAAAUCCACUCCCACCACCAGUUCCCGUCUCCGAACCCGAGCCCACACCACCCGUUUACAUUCCACCUCCCGUUCCUGUCCCAGAAACCAAGCCACCGGUUUAUAUUCCACCUGUAGUGUCGGUUCCACCUCCAGCCCCGGUUUACACUCCCAGUCCACCAGUUUAUAUUCCACCUGUAGUUAAGCCUCUUCCACCCCCCGUUCCAGUUUACAAACCAAAACCUAAGCCACCAAUUAUUCUUCCACCUGUAAUCAAACCAAUUCCACCUCCAACCCCUGAAUACAAGCCAAAGCCACCAGUUUAUAUUCCACCUGUAGUUAAGCCUCUUCCACCCCCUGUUCCAGUUUACAAACCAAAACCCAAGCCACCAGUUAUUCUUCCACCUGUAAUCAAACCAAUUCCACCUCCAACCCCUGAAUACAAGCCAAAGCCACCAGUUUAUAUUCCACCUGUAAUUAAGCCGAUUCCACCUCCAACUCCUGAAUACAAGCCAAAGCCACCAGUUUAUAUUCCACCUGUAAUUAAGCCGAUUCCACCUCCAACUCCUGAAUACAAGCCAAAGCCACCAGUUUAUGUUCCACCUGUAAUUAAGCCGAUUCCACCUCCAACCCCUGAAUACAAGCCAAAACCAAAGCCAAAGCCACCAGUUUAUGUUCCACCUGUAAUUAAGCCGAUUCCACCUCCUACCCCUGAAUACAAGCCAAAGCCACCAGUUUAUAUUCCACCUGUUCCUAUAUACAAGCCAAAGCCGCCAGUUCACAUUCCACCCCCAGUUCCCGUGUACAAGCCAAAGCCGCCAGUUCCCGUAUACAAGCCAAAGCCGCCAGUUCACAUUCCACCCCCAGUUCCCAUAUACAAGCCAAAGCCGCCAGUUCCCGUAUACAAGCCAAAGCCACCAGUUCACAUUCCACCCCCCGUUCCCGUAUACAAGCCAAAGCCGUCAAUCCCCGUAUACAAGCCAAAGCCGUCAGUUCACAUUCCACCCCCAGUUCCCGUAUACAAGCCAAAGCCACCAGUUCACAUUCCAUCCCCGGUUCCCGUAUACACGCCAAAGCCGCCAGUUCACAUUCCACCCCCAGUUCCCGUAUACAAGCCAAAGCCGCCGGUUCACAUUCCAUCCCCGGUUCCCGUAUACACGCCAAAGCCGCCAGUUCACAUUCCAUCCCCAGUUCCCGUAUACAAACCAAAACCGAAACCACCAGUUUAUAUUCCGCCUGUAAAGCCGCUUCCACCCCCAACUCCCAUUUACAAGCCUAAGCCACCAACUUACAUUCCACCUGUGAAACCGCUUCCACCUCCUGUUCCAACAUACCAUCCAAAGCCAAAACCACCUGUUUACAUUCCGCCAGUAAAGCCAUUGCCGCCACCAGUUCCAACAUACACACCAAAACCCAAACCACCAGUUUACAUUCCACCAGUAAAGCCGCUUCCACCCCCAGUUCCCACAUAUAUACCAAAACCCAAGCCACCAGUUUAUAUCCCACCGAUUGUAAAACCACUUCCACCACCGACUCCCGCAUAUACACCAAAACCCAAGCCACCUGUUUAUAUCCCCCCGGUUGAAAAGCCGCUUCCUCCCAUUACAAAGCCAUUGCCUCCUCUCAUCCCCGUCUACAAGCCAAAACCGCAUCCACCAGUUUACAUUCCUCCAAUUGUAAAGCCACUUCCUCCUCCCGUUCCCAUCUACAAACCAAUAUCAAAACCACCAAUUUACAUUCCUCCCAUUGUAAAGCCAUUGCCUCCUCCAUUUCCCAUCUACAAGCCAUUCCCAAAACCACCAAUCUCCUUUCCUCCAAUAACAAAGACAUUUCCCCCAUUUCCUCCAAUAGUGAAGACAUUCCCUCCCUUUCCUCCAACUGUAAAACCAUUGCCUCAUCCAUUUCCCAUCUACAAGCCAUUCCCAAAACCACCCAUCACCUUUCCUCCAAUAAUAAAGACAUUGCCACCCUUUAUUCCCAUUUACAAGCCAUUGCCACCACUAGUAAAGAAGCCAUUCCCAACUCUUCCUCCAUACCCAUUCUUCCCCCCUCUGACUCCUCAAAAUCCCCAACCAUAAAUUUAAUUUACAUGCCAUUACUUAAGUAGCAUGUGCACAACAUGAUCAUCUUUAUGUAUGUUUUCUUGGUGUAAUGACUAGCUAGCUAGCUUUGCCUCUCAUUGUGGGAACAAAAAUGAUCUGAGUUGAGUGAGCAAAGAUUGUUGACCAGUUGGGCAAAAAAGUGCAGAGAGAGGCUAGCUAGCUAGGAGCUGCAUAUUAGUUAAAAUUGCUUUUGUUUUUAUUUUGGUCGUGCUUUUGUUUAUUUGUUGAUUGAGAUUGAGCCCUGUUGGUUUGAUGUAAAGUGUACUAUUACUACUUCAGUUUAAAUGAUGUAUACUGUAUAAGUCAAUUAUUAUUAUUACCGCAAAUAAUAAAUAAUAUUUUACUGCUUCAAUCCAGUUCAUGAACUAAUUUAUUAAUAGCCAUUUCUUUCUAGAAUAA